GUUCCAAUCGAAUAUCUGUGUAAGGCGGACAAGGUUAUAUCUGUUGCUUUCACAUUUAACGUUUAAUAUUAUCGUUUUAUUAUUAUUAUAAAAGCAUGGGACUUUUAAAUGCCGGUGAAGAGGUAACCGAUGUGAGCACUCAGUUAGUUUUCUACGUAAAUGGUAAAAAGGUAAUAGAAACAAAUCCUGAUCCCGAAUGGACACUACUAUGGUAUUUGCGAAGAAAGUUGCGCCUCACUGGUACCAAGUUAGGAUGCGCAGAAGGCGGGUGCGGCGCAUGUACUGUUAUGAUCUCUAAAUAUGACCGCAAAGAGAAGAAAUUAAUACAUUUAGCCGUAAAUGCCUGUCUAGCGCCAGUAUGCGCCAUGCAUGGCUUAGCGGUAACAACAGUAGAAGGUAUAGGUUCAACUAAAACAAAACUUCAUCCAGUUCAGGAAAGACUUGCUAAGGCACAUGGUUCACAGUGUGGGUUUUGUACUCCAGGAAUUGUAAUGUCCAUGUACAGUUUACUUAGAAGUUGUAAAAAGAUAAAAUACUCAGAUAUGGAAGUAGCGUUACAAGGCAAUUUGUGUAGAUGUACAGGUUAUCGAGCUAUAAUAGAAGGGUACAAGACGUUUAUUGAAGAUUGGGAAACAAAUCGUCCAACAAAUGGCAACUCGUAUCAAUCUAGUAAAGGGUUAUGUGCAAUGGGUAAAGAUUGUUGCAAGAAUAAGACUGAUAAUAGCGAAACGGAAUCUUUAUUUGAAAAAUCUUCAUUUUUGCCUUACGAUCCAAGUCAAGAACCUAUAUUUCCACCAGAAUUAAAAAUGUCGUCAAUUUAUGAUGAACAAUAUUUGGUAUAUAAAGGAAAUCAAUGUGUCUGGUACAGACCAACAACACUUGAAACGUUAUUAAAAUUAAAAGAUCAACAUCCAGAUGCAAAAAUAGUUGUAGGAAAUACAGAAGUAGGCGUAGAAGUAAAGUUUAAACAUCUUGUUUAUCCGGUAAUAAUUAUGCCUAAUUGUAUCUCGGAGAUGAAUACAGUGUUAGAAACAGAAACAGGGCUUUUAGUUGGGGCAGCCGUUACUUUGGAAUGUAUGGAAAAUGUUUUUAAGAAAUAUAUAGAGAGCUUACCCAAGUAUAAGACAAGGACACUAAAAACAAUAACAGACAUGUUAAACUGGUUUGCUGGUAAACAAAUAAGAAAUGUUGCAGGAAUUGGAGGAAACAUAAUGACAGGAAGUCCUAUAUCAGAUUUAAGUCCAAUUUUUAUGUCUUUGAAGGUAAAACUCAACCUACUAAGUCUUGAGAAUGGCUCUCGAUCAGUACUAAUGGAUGAAUCUUUCUUUACUGGAUACAGAAAAAAUAUUGUUAAAUCGAAUGAAAUUUUAGUUUCGAUCGAAAUUCCGUAUUCAAGUCGAUACCAGUUUGUUAAGGCAUAUAAACAAGCAAAGCGACGAGAAGAUGAUAUUUCAAUAGUAACUGCUGCAGUUAAUGUCGAAUUCGAAAGUAAUACAAAUAUUAUUAAAAACAUUAAUUUAGCCUUCGGUGGAAUGGCACCGGUAACUAAGUUAGCGACAAAAUCUAGUCAAGCUUUAAUAGGUUUAAAAUGGUCAGAAGAAAUGGUUGAUAAAGCUUUUACGCAUUUGUUAGAUGAAUUACCGUUACAUCCUUCUGCACCUGGCGGUAAUAUACUAUAUAGACGAGCAUUAACUAUGAGUUUAUUCCUUAAAGCUUAUUUAGCAAUAGCAAAAGAUAUGUCGGAGAAUUAUAUACAUGAAGAUCUUAUACCACAAUAUCACAGCAGUGGCGCGGAACAAUUUCAUGGGAACAUACCAAAAAGUUCCCAAUAUUUUGAACUGAUUGGCGAUAAAGAAACAAAAAGUGAUACUGUCGGUAGACCUAUAACUCACGUGUCUGCACUGAAACAGGUAACAGGUGAAGCUAUUUAUUGUGAUGAUAUACCCAUAGCAGAAGGUGAAUUAUAUUUAGCAUUUGUUCUUAGUUCAAAACCUCAUGCCAAAUUGGUAUCAGUAAAUCCAGACGAAGCGCUAAAACAACCAGGCGUUGUAGCAUAUUUUUCGGCUAAAGAUUUGACGAAAGAACAAAACACUAUAGGCCCUAUAAUUCAUGAUGAAGAGUUAUUUGCAAGUGAAAAAGUAAUCAGUCAAGGUCAAACCAUUGGUGUCAUCGUAGCUAAAGACCAGCAAAUAGCCCAGGCUGCAGCAAGAAAAGUCAAAAUCGAAUAUGAAGAAUUACAACCAGUUAUAAUUUCUAUAGAGGAUGCCAUAAAACACAAUUCUUUUUAUAAACAAUAUCCAAAAACCAUACGUAGGGGGAAUGUGAAGUCUGUUUUUGAAGAUGCAAAUUAUAUAGUAAUUGAAGGAGAGUGUAGAAUGGGUGGACAAGAACAUUUUUAUUUUGAAACAAAUGCUUCGUUUGCAAUUCCAAAAAAAGAAGAUAACGAAUUGGAGAUAUUUUGUUCCAGUCAACAUCCUUCAGAAAUUGCGAAAUUAAUUAGUCAUAUACUCCAUGUACCGAUGAACAGAAUAGUAGCACGGGUAAAACGCAUGGGAGGUGGAUUUGGCGGUAAAGAAUCGAGAAGUUUCCUAGUUGCUUUACCAGUAGCUUUAGCUGCCCAUAAACUACAACGCCCAGUGCGGUGUAUGCUUGAUCGAGAUGAAGACAUGCAAAUGACAGGAACGAGGCAUCCUUUCUUAGUGAGAUAUAAAGUAGCAGUAACUAAAGAAGGAAAGAUAAUGGCAGCAGAAGUUAAUAUAUAUAGCAAUGGAGGAUAUUCUAUUGAUCUUUCUGGACCAGUUGUCGAAAGAGCGAUGUUUCACUUCGAAAAUUCUUAUUACAUACCCAAUUGUGAGGUAACUGGGCACGUUUGUAAGACAAAUUUGCCUUCUAACACAGCUUUCCGAGGUUUUGGUGGUCCACAAGGGAUGUUUGGUGCUGAAAAUAUGAUUUGGGACAUAGCUAAUACUUUAAAUAAAACUGCAGAGGAAAUUAGAAAUAUUAACUUAUAUCAAGAAAAUAUGACAACGCACUAUGGGCAGGUUCUAUCGCACUGUACAUUGCAAAGGUGUUGGGAUGAGUGUGUAGCUAAAAGUGAUUUUGCACAAAGAAAAACAAAUAUUGAGAACUUUAACAAGCAACACCGUUGGCGCAAGCGAGGUAUAUCGGUAAUUCCUACAAAGUUUGGGAUAGCUUUUACAGAGAAAUUGCUAAAUCAAGCCGGUGCUUUAGUAUUGAUCUACACUGAUGGUUCAGUUCUUGUAUCCCACGGCGGAACAGAAAUGGGUCAGGGAUUACAUACCAAAAUGAUUCAAGUUGCUUCUCGUGCUCUUGGGAUCGAUAUUUCGAAAAUUCAUAUAAGCGAAACAUCUACUGACAAAGUGCCAAAUACAUCUGCUACAGCUGCCAGCGCCGGAUCUGAUCUUAAUGGUAUGGCUGUUCUGGAGGCUUGUGAAACAUUAAUGAAACGACUUCAGCCAUAUAUAAAUAAAAACCCUGAUGGGAAAUGGGAAGACUGGGUUUCUGCAGCUUAUGUAGACCGAGUAAGUUUAUCAGCUACAGGAUUUUACGCCACUCCAGAUAUAGGUUAUGAUUUUAAAAAUAAUGUCGGAAAACCUUUCAAUUAUUAUACGUUUGGGGCUGCAUGCACCGAAGUUGAAAUAGAUUGUCUGAGCGGUGAUCAUCAAGUUAUUAGAACCGAUAUAGUUAUGGAUUUAGGAGAAAGUUUAAAUCCUGCUAUAGAUAUUGGUCAAAUAGAAGGAGGUUUUAUCCAAGGAUAUGGGUUGUUUACAAUGGAAGAACUCAUCUAUUCUCCAACAGGGACAUUAUAUUCACGAGGGCCUGGUGCUUACAAAAUACCAGGUUUUGGAGAUAUACCCCAAGAAUUUAACGUUUCCUUACUAAAAGGCGCUCCUAACCCGAGAGCAGUAUAUUCUUCAAAAGCUGUCGGUGAGCCUCCAUUGUUCCUUGCGAGCUCGGUGUUUUUUGCAAUAAAAGAAGCUAUUCGAGCAGCACGUAAGGACGCCGGUGUAUCGCUUAAUUUCUACCUCGAGUCUCCCGCUACUUCGGCACGUAUACGCAUGGCAUGUGAAGAUCACAUAACAGAAAAGAUUCCUCGACCAGAGCCAGGAAGUUUCGUACCGUGGAACGUUGUACCUUAAUGUUUGCGAUGUUUUAUUUGACCUAAAUAAUAAGCAGAAACGGAAGUAGCUUAUACCCAUUUUUGUUUAAGAUUGUGGUUUAUACUAGUAUUUUAGAUUAAUAAAAAAAAUACUCUAA